AUGCCAAAACAGGAUUAUUUUUGUAAAAGUGUAAUAUUUAAUAGGAAUAUUUUGAUUUCUGGAAAUUUUCACGGAAAUCUUUUGUUGUAUUCAAUUGAUACUAACGCUUUCUCUACGAUUCCUUAUGAUUUUGCACCGUAUAAAACUAAGGUACUUGCAAAUGCAGAAAGAAGAUUUUAUUUGUUUGAAUGCUUCAAUGGACUCAUUUAUGAAAGUGAAAUUGAAAACUACACUGUUUGGAGCCCAAUUUCCAAGACAACAUGCUCUUUUGAUGUUUAUCAAGCGUUUUGCUUGUAUAAGUCAGGAACAAUAUAUAUCGGGUGCAAUCAUAUUGAAAUUUACCAGGUCUUCAAGUCUAGCCUGAAAGAGAAAAAGAUAA